AUGCCAGUCAGAAUGACUCCUCUUCCUCUGGUGUUUCUGCUCAUUCAUGGAGUUUAUGGUCAGUAUUGGGGUAUGCGUUACGGCUCUUCACACAUCUGUGCACUAAAGGACUCAUCAGUGAUAAUGAGCUGCACUUAUACAUACCCUACUGGAUAUAAGAGCAGGAAAGUGUUCUGGACCAAAACAAAAGUAGAUAAUGUAGAGCCUUCAGAUCUGUCUGAGGAUCCUGAAUACAGUCAGACGAUUCAGUAUCUGGGAGAUAAACAGAAGAACUGCACCAUCAGACUGAGUCAUGUGACACAGAAGGAUGAACGCAUGUACUAUUUCAGAUUCACAGCUAUUAAACCUGAUAAGAAAUGGCUUGGUCAUCCAGGAGUGACUCUUACUGUCACAGAUCUUCAGGUGGAGUCUCCUGAGAGAGUGACAGAGGGCGAUUCAGUCCGUCUGACAUGUAAAAGCAGCUGCGAUCUGACUGACAGUGCAACAUUCAUCUGGUACAGAAACUCACAGCCAUUAACUAGAGAAACUGUUGAAAACGAACUCACCCUCUGUUCGGUCAGAAGGGAGGAUGCUGGCAGAUACAGCUGUGCUCUACAUGGACACACUUACAUCUCUCCUGCUGUUUAUCUCAAUGUCACAUAUCCACCAAAGAGCGUCUUAUUGUCCAUCAGUCCAUCUACUAAAAUAGUGGAGGGAGAUUCGGUGACUCUGAGCUGCAGCAGUGAUUCAAACCCACCUGCAGAAAUCAGCUGGUUUAAAGGAGGAACCUUUGUAGGAUCUGGAAGAAUCUACAGCAUCUCAAACAUCAGCUCUGAUCACAGUGGAGAAUACAAGUGCAAGUCAAGAAAUAAACAUGGAGAGAGAAACUCUGAUGCUGUGACUUUAAAUAUCAUGUAUCCUCCAAAGAACGUCUUAUUGUCCAUCAGUCCAUCUGGUGAAAUGGUGGAGGGAGAUUCAGUGACUCUGAUCUGCAGCAGUGAUUCAAACCCACCUGCAGAAAUCAGCUGGUUUAAAGGAAGAACAUUUGUAGGAUCUGGAAGAAUCUACAGCAUCUCAGACAUCAGCUCUGACCACAGUGGAGAAUACAAGUGCAAGUCCAGAAAUAAACAUGGAGAGAAAGACUCUGAUACUGCGACUUUAAACAUCAUGUAUCCUUCAAAGAGCGUCUCAGUGUCCAUCAGUCCAUCUUGUGAAAUAGUGGAGGGAGAUUCAGUGACUCUGAGCUGCAGCAGUGAUUCAAACCCACCUGCAGAAAUCAGCUGGUUUAAAGGAGGAACGUUUGUAGGAUCUGGAAGAAUCCACAAUAUCUCAAACAUCAGCUCUGAUCACAGUGGAGAAUACAAGUGCAAGUCCAGAAAUAAACAUGGAGAGAAAUACUCUGACACUGUGAUGCUGAAUGUGAUGUAUGCUCCAAGAAAUGUAGUGGUGUCCAUCAGUCCAUCUGGUGAAAUAGUGGAGGGAGAUUCAAUUACUCUGAGCUGCAGCAGUGAUUCAAACCCACCUGCAGAAAUCAGCUGGUUUAAAGGAAGAACGCUUGUAGGAUCUGGAAGAAUCUACAACAUCUCAAAGAUCAGCACUGAUGACAGUGGAGAAUACAAGUGCAAGUCCAGAAAUAAUCAUGGAGUUAAAAACUCUGAUGCUGUGACUUUAAACGUCAUGUAUGCACCAAGGAAUGUCUCAGUGUUCAUAAAUGGAUCUACUGAAAUAGUGGAGGGAGAUUCAGUGACUCUGAGCUGCAGCAGUGAUUCAAACCCUCCUGCUCUGAACUUCAGCUGGUUUAAGGAGAAUCAAAGCUCAGCUGUUGGAUCUGGACAGAGUUUCAGCGCACUACAGAGUGGACGUUUCUACUGUGAGGCUUACAAUCAACACGGAUCUCAGAGAUCAGAUGCUGUUACUGUCACAGUUCACCAUAGAGCUGGUACUGUGUUUCCAAUCACAGUAGUAUCUGGAGGAUUAUUCAUCAUCAUAAGCAUCAUUGUACUAUUUAUAAUUCAGAGAAAAAUUAUGAAUGGAAGAUCUGCAAUACAUGAGUAUGAGAAUGAUGAUCUCAAUGCAAACAGAUAUACAGUUCUUGACCCCAGGUCCCGAUCUUCUGAUCAGUACAACACACUCACAUCCGCCCAUCCCACACCUGCUGUUCACCAGUCGGGCUCUUCUGAACAUGAGAAUCAGACACCACACAGCAAGCUGACAUGGUAAGAUGAAGCCCAAGUUAAACUUUACUCCACUUUUGUGGCAUCGCUGGACACCCACAUCACAACUCCUGAUAAAAAAAAAUGAAUGACUUUAUUUAUUCCCAUUCUGCAGUG